AUGUUCUUGGCUCAAGAUGCAAUUCACUACAUCGAGGAAGACCCGUCGGAGAAACUUCCUCUCAUAGAUCAAGUACCUACUGCCCCCGUACAAGAAUACGAAAGAUUUCCAAAAUGGAAGAAGUUCGCAAGAGCGGAAAUAAAGCUGCCCAGGACUCAGACCAUAGCCGGGAUAAUGCUUGGUUUGCUGCUCCUUUGCAUGGUCUUGAUGCUCGUGGCAGAAGCAAUUCGAUCGUCUAAACAUCAUGUUCCAUUCUUGAUAGAUGUUCCAACUGAUCUUCCUGAUCUAGAUUUACCAGAACUGAUAAACUUCCCAAGCGAUGAUUUCAGAAAGGCAUGGAGAGCUGGAGAAGUUCUAGUGCUUGAAAGGGAGAGAUUAGAGAAAAUGCUUAAAGAAAAAGGUGUUGUGCCGAAGCACGGGUCAUCAUCCUCUUUGUUGCAAACAUUCCAAAAAGGGGAUUCACAUAAAGGCUUAGAGGAUUGUGCAAUAAUCGUUGAACAUGUGAAGCGUGAAUUAGGUGGUUGUCUUGACCCUCGCCUACUUCCUGCUCGUUGUCAGGCGAGUAAGCCGAAUUAUUGCAAUGCUUCUUACCCUUACAGAACUUACAAUGGAAGUUGCAAUAAUUUGGGAAACAGCGACUGGGGGAUGGCAUUAACACCGUUCAGACGGAUGAUGAGACCUGAAUAUGCUGAUGGUGUCGCCAUGCCACGAGCUGCAAGUGAUGGAACCGAAUUGCCAAACGCUCGUUUUCUUAGCAAUCACCUCUACACUCAUAGAUCGAAACCUCAGUGCAACAACACAGUAAUUACCUUAUACUUCGGAUUGUUCAUUGAUCACGACAUCAUCAGAAUCACCAGCAAAACAGGUCACAAUGGAGCACCGAUAUCUUGCUGCAAUCCAGAAGUUAUUGCAGACCCCAGCCUACUUCAUCCAGAGUGUAUGGCCAUCGUUGUUCCAAAAGAAGAUCCGUUUUAUGGACCAAGAGGAGUCAAGUGUUUGGAUUUUGUCCGAUCGGCUUCUAUACCAGGUCUUUGCGCAGGGGAACGAGAACAGAUGAAUUCGGUGACUUCUUUUCUUGAUGCAUCCGGAGUUUAUGGAUCAUUUGAUGACAAAAACAAACCACUGAGACAAUUCCAAAACGGUUUAUUGAAAGUAUGUUGGAUCAAUAAUACAGCUAUGUUGCCGCCAGCACAUCAUAUAAGCUAUAAAUGUGGUCUUCCUACUGCGCAGCAAUAUUGCUUUGAAGCAGGUGACAUGAGAGUAAACGAACAAGUAGAACUGACAGCCAUUCAUGCCAUUUUCAUGCGAGAGCACAACCGAGUCGCUUUGCAGUUAGGGGCUUUGAAUCCGCAAUGGGAUGAUGAAAGAUUGUUCCAAGAAGCCCGAAGGAUAGUCAUCGCCGAGCUGCAGCAUCUGACGUACAACGAAUUUUUACCUGCUCUAUUAGGUCAAGAUGUUGUUCGAGAGCAUGGCUUGGUGAUUGACCCGAAACGAGGGUUCGAAGGUUACGAUCCUGAUACCGACCCAAGUAUUUAUAAUGUCUUCGGUGGAGCCGCUUUUAGAGUUGGACACAGUCUCAUUGAGGGCACGCUGGAUCUCAUUGGGCCUGGCUAUUCAAAGGAGCGGCAAAUUCCACUUCACACGGCUUUUCUAAAUCCUCAUGUAUUCUACGAGAAAGGAAUGGACUUGUUGCUUCGGGGGCUGGUGAGGGAAAAGGCUGCAUCCGUUGAUAGUUACAUUACCGAUGAGGUUCGAAACCGAUUGUUUCAACCGCGCAAUGAAGAUUACGGAAUGGACCUUUCUGCCAUUGGUAUUCAAAGAGGUAGAGAUCAAGGUCUUUCUGGUUAUGCUAAAUGGCGAAAAUUCUGUGGCCUUCCUGAAGCUAACACCUGGGAAGAUCUGUUUAAGUUUAUGGAUUCUACUCAUGUGCAAAGGCUAAAAAGCGUGUACAAAACAGUUCAAGACAUCGAUCUUAUUCCGGCAUCACUAUCCGAGAAACAUCUGCCAGGGGCUUUAGUCGGUCCUGUUCACGCUUGCUUGAUUGCCAGACAGUUCCACCGCACCAGAUUUGGGGAUCGCUUCUGGUUCGAAGUUAAAGGGCAGCCCGGAUCAUUUACUGCAGAUCAACUCGGGGAGAUCUACAAAUCAAGUAUGGCUCGAUUACUCUGUGACAACGCAGACAAACUACAAGAAAUUCAGAGAUGGGCCCUCAGAACGAUUUCUGAAGAGAACCCGGUAUUCAGCUGCACUGACAUUCCCUUCGUAGAUUUGAACAAGUGGAAGGAAUCUUAAGACAAACGGUACCUGUUGAAGAAAUUAUCAUUGUGUUCACCUCGCCAAGAGUUGAGAUGAUUAGGUAC